CUCUUAAUAAAUUCCCCUGUUUGCAUCUGAACUGAACUGCUCUGUCCUUCCUCUGUUCUGCUCAUUAUCCAAGCACCCACGCUUCUCUGACACUCAACUCUCUUCCUCUCCCUCGCUUCAAUGGCUACAAUCGCCAACUUCCUCCUCUCCAAACCACCUUCAUCGUCGCCUCUCCCCACGCUGCCAGCACCUCUCUUCUUCCGCCACACCACCUCCUCCUCCCCACGCCGCGCCAAGCCCAAACAGCCGCUCUUCGCGCGGCCCGGCCGCCCUCGCGGCCUCACCUUGAGGGCCACUUCCGCCACCCAGAAGUCGUCGCCGCCGGCGAGCGACGAGCGCGUCCAGAAGGUGCACAGCGCGGAGGAGUUCGACGAGGCGCUGAGGGCGGCGAAGGACAGGCUGGUGGUGGUGGAGUACGUGGACAGCCGCAGCGCGAGCACCAGCAGGAUGUUACCCUUCAUGGUGCAGCUGAGCCGGCAGUGCAACGACGUGGAGUUCCUGCUGGUGAUGGGGGACGAGUCGGAGGCGACGCGGGAGCUGUGCCGCCGCGAGAAGGUGAACAAGGCGCCCCACUUCACCUUCUACAAGUCCAUGGAGCGCAUCCACGACGAGGAGGGCAUCGGCCCUGACCAGCUCGUCGGCGACGUCCUCUACUACGGCGACAACCACUCCGCCGUCAAGCAGCUCCAUUCCAGGGAAGAUGUGGAGAAGCUGAUCGAAGGGCACAAGGCCGACGACAAGCUGAUCGUCCUCGAUGUCGGACUCAAGAAUUGCGGGCCGUGCGUGAAGGUGUACCCGACCGUGAUCAAGCUGUCGAAGCAGAUGUCUGAAACGGUGGUCUUCGCCAGGAUGAACGGCGAUGAGAACGAAAGCUGCAUGCAGUUCCUGAAGGACAUGGACGUCAUCGAGGUGCCCACGUUCUUGUUCAUCAGAGCGGGGGAGAUCCGCGGGAGGUACGUUGGCUCCGGCAAAGGUGAGCUCAUCGGAGAGAUCCUCAGAUACCAAGGAGUCCGUGUCACGUACUGAUUCCGACUAUAUUGAACGCGAGAUUACUGAUUGAAUUUUGACCCGAACGUCGGUGGUUAUGCCCGGAAGAUGCUUUCCCCCAGAUUACUGCUUGCCAGCUAGAGAGACCGCGACCUUAUACUCAAUAGAUUUUUAACUCUUCUUGCAUUGCGUGGCCUCAUCUGGAACUUCUGUUCUUUGCAGAAGAUAUUUUCAUGCUCUUUUGAUGUCCAAGAAAAUAGACACCCUUUGAAAAUGACGUCGUGUCUUCUUCCCAAA